UCCGCGCCGGGGCCGUUGGCUCCAGACAAAUAAACAUGGAGUCCAUCUUCCACGAGAAACAAGAAGGCUCACUUUGUGCUCAGCACUGCCUGAAUAAUUUAUUGCAAGGAGAAUAUUUUAGCCCUGUGGAGUUAUCCUCAAUUGCACACCAGCUAGAUGAAGAAGAAAGGAUGAGGAUGGCAGAAGGAGGAGUUACCAGUGAAGACUAUCGCACAUUUUUACAGCAGCCUUCUGGAAAUAUGGAUGACAGUGGCUUUUUCUCUAUUCAAGUUAUAAGCAAUGCUUUGAAAGUUUGGGGCUUAGAACUUAUCCUGUUCAACAGUCCAGAAUACCAGAGGCUCAGAAUUGAUCCCAUAAAUGAAAGGUCCUUUAUAUGCAAUUAUAAGGAACACUGGUUUACAGUUAGAAAGUUAGGUAAACAGUGGUUUAACUUGAAUUCUUUGUUGACGGGUCCAGAAUUAAUAUCAGAUACAUACCUCGCACUAUUCUUGGCUCAGUUACAGCAAGAAGGUUAUUCUAUAUUUGUUGUUAAGGGUGAUCUCCCAGAUUGUGAAGCUGACCAACUUUUGCAGAUGAUAAAAGUCCAACAGAUGCAUCGACCAAAACUUAUUGGAGAAGAGUUAGCACAACUGAAAGAACAGAGUGCUCUCAAAGCAGAUCUGGAACGAGUCCUAGAGGCAGCUGAUGGAUCGGGAAUGUUAGAUGAGGAUGAGGAUGAUUUACAGAGGGCUCUAGCCAUAAGUCGUCAAGAAAUUGACAUGGAGGAUGAAGAAGCCGAUCUCCGUAGGGCUAUUCGGCUCAGUAUGCAAGGUAGUUCCAGAAAUAUGUGUCAAGAUAGUCCACAGACAUCAAGUACAAACCUUACUUCAGAAGAACUGCGCAAGAGGAGAGAAGCCUACUUUGAAAAGCAACAGCAGCAGCAACAGGAGGUAGACCGAACUGGGCAGCUUUCAUACUCAUGUGAAAGACCAACCACAAGCUCAGGAGGACUUGGGAACAACCGAGCAGGUGAUUCUCUGAGUGAAGAAGACAUGCUUCGGGCCGCUGUGACCAUGGCUUUAGAAACUGCUAAGGAUAGUUUGAAAGUGGAAAGAAAAAAAUAGCACCUUUAAAAAUCAUUUUGCUACUCAUACUUCCUGACAUUGUCUGUGUGAUUACAGUGUAAGGUCCCUUUUGGCAGUAUGUUCGCCAGAAGAGAUAAAGACACCUCAGUGAUUUAUGAGCGAAUGAUCAGAAAGCCAGAGACGUGUCAUAGGACUAAAACAUGAUUCACAUACUAGCCGAAGAGGCAGUCAGCAAUUAAAGAAACUUAAGGUAGUUUUCUAACUGUCCCUUAUUUUUUAAGUGUGCAAUAUCUAACUGAAACUACGGAAUUUUUCUUGGCUCUUUGCGGACCAACUAAUUAGCUCUUGCCACAGAACUUGAUCUUGUUUUGUUUUCAUUUUCUCUCUUCGUUGGAGGUGGCUUGGCUUACCUGAGCUUUUAUUUCUUAUUAAUUAGACUAACCUUUUAUGGAAAUGUCUUUUGUUUGUCUUGUUCAGAAAGAUAAAUCUGUCUUCUUAUAUGUAUGUGGGGCACUUGGAUGUUAUUUUCCUUGGUUUUGGUUAUUCUCCCGCAACUCUUAACAUGGUAAAUCUGUUGUUUGCUAAGCCUUCUUUAGUGGAAUCAUUAUGUCUUUGGUGCAUUGCUCUACUCUGAUGUCAGCUCUACUUGAGUAUUUGAGUAUACAUGAACUGGGUCUGUGUGAGCAUGUGCUUUCUGGUUGUUCUGUGAAGGCUUUCCGUUGUGUUCUGGUUGACUUCUGUAAUCCUCUCUGCACCUUGUUCUCUUUUUGUCCCCAGCUGAGGAAAGGAGAGGCCCAGGACACAAGCAUGUUACAGCUUAACACACACCUGACUGCACCACAGGAGAGACCUGCCCCUCUGUGUCGGUGGUGGGUUUCUCUUAGGUUUUCUUCUGUGACAGGAGUUCUGUGUUUGUUCUAUUAACAAUUAAGUCCUGGAAAAUAGAUGCCUGCUUUACUGUUUUUUUAUUUUUUUAAGUAGAAUAUAGCCUGCCAGGAUGCAGGAUGGUGGUCUGGAAUGUGAAAGUAAAUGAAAAUAUAUUUAAAUAUACUGUGGGUUGACUCUUGCAAUCAUGUUUAAAUUGCUUAAGAAUUACAAAAGUAGCCAGGCAUAGUGGUGCAUGCCUGUAAUCCCAGCACAUGGGGAGGCAGAGGCAGGCAGAUCUCUGUGAGUUUGAGGCCAGCCUGGUUUACAAAGUGAGUCCAGGACAGCCAAGGCUACACAGAGAAACCCUGUCUCAAAAAAGCCAAAAACAAACAAAACAAACAAAAGACAGAACUAACAGUGCUUACAGGGUCUGUCUAUAAAUAAGAAAAGUCCAUAGUUUUGAUAAACAUUCUUUAAUUGGGAUGCACAGAGAGUUUUGUGGGUUAAUACUUUGUUAUGAUUUUGGUGGAGAUGAACUAUGUAUCUUUGUAAUGGGUAUCAUAGCCUCAUAUCUACUCUCCUUCUCUCCCUUCCUAUCCCCUUUUGAAGCCCUUUUGAAUGUUGACUUGUACAUAGGUCAAGUCCAAGAAGAAAUUUUAGCCAACAGCUUGGGAGGGUGAAGCAUGGUUUACUGCUCUACUGGUGUGUGUUCUGCACACGUUUUAUCAGGGAAAGGUUUUUGAUGGAGGACUUUUGCUGUCUAACUGAAAAAGAUACAGAUAUUUUUCUUUAUGAUUAUGAAACAGCUUUUUGUUGGCUAGGGUGGAUUGUUUUGUUUCUUUUGGCUAUGCUAGGGAUGGAUCUCAGGGCCUUGUGUGCUUAGGCAAGCACUCUUACCUCUGAGCUAUAUUCCCAGACCCAAAACAGGUGUUCUGUCGUUUUUUUGUUUUGUUUUAGUCAUUGUGUGCCAAUUAACUUUUUUGGAAUUUGCUUUAUGAAAAAUUAGGCAGUCCUGUUUUAAAAUCUGUGAAGUUUUUUUUUAGUCAGUGCAAAGGUUCAAGAGAAUUGGGCAGCUCUAGGGGUGUUAGAGUUAGGACUUGUCUUAACCAUUCACAGUUGAGUGGCAUGUAACUGCCCUAGGGUGCCAGUCACAUUGUCUGGACAUGGGCUCUUUCCUUUUCCCCUCUGAAAAAUCACAUCAAACUUUCCAUGCGGUUAGAUGGAUGAGCUGCCUGAUAGAAAAAUGAUAAAGCGAAUAUGCAUUUCAGUUUUAAUUUUAGCGUUUAUACAACUUUCAUAUAAUACACCCUAAAUCUCUUAUGAAAUACAGCAUGUUGAUAUUUUCUUAGAGACUUUUUUAAAGAGAAGCUGAGCAUUCACUGAAUAUCUUUUGAGUGCUUUUUUCUUAAAUUUCUUUAAAAAAUUUUUUUUUAGUUUGGAUUGGCAAGGCAAAUCCAAAAUCACCAUUGAACUGCCUUCUCCUUUGGAUUGACCUAGGCUUACCUAAAUGUUUAGAUUUCAUUAUUAAUAAGUAGCCAGUAUGAAAGAUGCCAAUGCUUAUUAUAAACACAGUAUCCAAAAGUGUAAGAGUCCUGUGAAGCUCUGGUUCGUACGCCAGGAGCUGACGUUUACUGUACAGCACUGCAGGACAGACAGGGCAAGGAAACCCCCUGUCACUGUGUGCUAUGGACUUGACUGACAUUCUGUUUUUAACCAAUUGGGAACAUCUUACUGUUUAAUAUUUAAACUACUGGUAUCAUUUUUCUAAUGUGUAACUGGAACUACCAGAUAAAAUAUGUACAGUUGUGAUGCUAGUGUUACAAGCAGCACUUCAGAGGGCCAGGUGUGCUGCUGUGCACCUUUAAUCCAGUGCCUGGGAGGCAGAGGCAGGCAGAUCUCUGAGUUCAAGGCCAGCCUGGUUUACAUGGUGAGUUCCAAACUUGCUAAAGCUUCACAGUGAGACCCUGUCUUUAAAAAAGAAAAAGAAACUUUCAAAGACGACUUUCAUAUUUUGAGAUGUCAUGAGCUUAUAUUUUAAAAAUUUAGAGUAGUGUAAACCAUAAAUUUAUGUCCUCAAAGACAGUAGUAUGCAACACUGAUAUAGUUUAAUACAGUUAGUGCGGGUAAACUCUUAAACUUUGACCUUGGCCAAAUAAUUUUUAGUUCACAGACUAUCUAAGAUGGUGCUUUUUCUCCCCCUGAAAACUUGAUUUUUCUUGAUGAAGCCAAAGUUAAUGAGGACGAAUGCUCAAAAUGAGUAGUCUGCAUUGUUUUAUUUAAUAUCAAGUUGGAUGAAAUACAUUUUAUUUGAGUGAAAGUCUAAGCCACAUAUUUUGAGAUACCUGCAUGUUUAAUCCUAUUUUUAAAUGAUGCCAGUGCCAAGAGUUACUGAAUUCUUAGAACUGGCCCCUGUGCCCUGCACACAUCCGAAUCGGGCAGUGCAGAAGCAGAAUGUGCUGUCUGAAAGUCUUAGGUUGGGAAAGGUUGAAGUUUUGAAUUAUGAGAGUUUCACUUGCUGCUGAGACCUCUGAUUGCAAUUUCCUGUGAGGCGGUGGGGAUGUUCUCGGGGAGAGCAGUUGCCUUGUGGCCCAGGCCUUGGGUUCAGUCGUUAAUGCUGCAGUGGGAGAACAGAGGCUCACAGUGUCAGCUACGUUUAGAUGGGCCUUAGGGGAAUACUUUCAAGGGAACUGUUUGCUGUAUUUUUGCCCUAACGAGUGUAGAGCUCUGAUAUGGGACCUCAAUUAAGGAAAGCCAGAUUGCAUUAGCUAAUCAGUAGUAUAGAUCAUUUUUCUGUUUUUCAUGUUCAGAAUAAAAACUUUCCCUUCAUUCCUAAUUUGUUUAUAUUUAGUUAAAGGAGCAAAUUGGUUUUGUAUUUUUUCAGAGUUUUAUACAUAAUAAAGUUUUGUUGUAGUCUUUAAAUGAAAAGGAUAUUUUUUUAUUAAUUUGAGGAUUUUUUUCUAAAAUGGUCUGUCAUUUUAAGAAUUAGUGCAAAAAAUAUACUCCCUAAAUUUAUGUAGGUACACAUUUUAAGUACACGUUAUAAGAGUGCAGUCCUAGAUGAAGCACUAGUGAAAAGUGUGUGGAAAAUGCAGUUCUUUAGGUAACACUCACUCGUCUCUUGCAUAGUUGAAAGGUGGUAUAUUCCCUGGAGUUUUUUUUUUUUAAUGAUUUGUGUUUUUUUAGAGGAAGACAGACAUUUGAAAUGUUAUUAUCUAAUUUCUACAACACUGGACUAAUAGGAAUAACUUUUUAAAAAAUGGCUGUUCUGUAUAAACAAAAUAUUUGAAACUCAAGUGCAAAAGCCGUGAAAUAAAAGGCAUUGUCUUCUGGUCACUAUGAUGCACUGUGGCAGUGCAGUCCCUCAGGACUCAACUCUGCAGCCCUUCCUCCUGUGCCUCACUGUCGGCUGCCACUCCACAGGUCUUCCGUCUGUCUACUCCUUCGAAAGCUGGGCUUCCAAAGCACUGUUGAACUGAGGGUUCUGUAGGUGUGGAUGUUAAUGAGUUGUAUUUUAAAUAUCAGAGAUUAUUAAAUAAAGAGAGUGAUUUUCUAUUAA